GUACCUAUCAUAAUCGACCCUGCCAUGAAUCGUUUAAUGUUAAUUGCCGUCACUUUGGCCGCCAUCUUGGCACCUUCAUUUUGUGCUUCUGAACCUGCUGGCACUUGUACUCCAGAUAACUGUAAAAUCGAGGAUAAUUGCAGAUGUUCCAGUGGUUCUGGACCAUUUGAAGGAGACCUCACCGAGUAUCCGCAGCUGGUUACUUUGGCAUUUGACGAAGCUGUGACCGAUGAUAUUUACGGUUUGUGGAAUGACCUCCUCCUUUCACGGUCAAAUCCUGAUGGAAACCCUAUUGGAGCCACAUUUUUCGUACCACAUGAAUACACCAACUACCAAAGAGUAAACGAUCUCUACAAUCUUGGAUUCGAAAUUGCCGUCCACUCAGUAAGCAAAAAUCCUCUUCAGUCGUAUUGGCGUACAGCCAGCGAGUCCCUUCUCGAGCAAGAAUUCGGAGGGCAGAAACAGAUCAUUUCGAAGUUCGCCAAUAUUCCAGAAGACCACAUAUUGGGCGUGAGAACUCCCCAACUUCAAUUCGCAGGAAACGACUCAAUCUUGGCUUACAGGGCUGCAAAUCUUACUUAUGACAGUUCCUGGCCCACAUUGCCCUCCAAGCCGCUAUUUCCCUACACCUUGGAUUACCUUUCCACGCAAGAGUGCAACCUGGGUGGCUCCUGUCCGAACGAAGCCUUCCCUGGCUUCUGGGUACUUCCCAUUCUGGAUUUGCACUCUGCUGACGGUGGGUGGUGCAACACCCUGUCUUCAUGCAACGUCACUGGAUCUGUAGAUGACAUCGCCAACUGGCUCUGCAAUGAAAUAGAUAUCGUGAGGAACAGCACCAGAGCCCCGCUAACUCUUUCAGUCAAUUCCUACUGGUUCAAUUUUACGGAGAACAGUUUGGCAGGACUCACCAAGUGCCUGGAUACCCUUCAGGAAUCUAAAGACGUAUUCCUUGUCACACAAAAACAGGUAAUUGAAUGGGUCAGUAACCCCGUUAAGAUAGAAGAUUUCAAAACAGACGAUGCAGAAGAUCAACAGACCAAUUGCAACCAGUACAACUGUCUCUUGGAUAAGGGUGGAGAAAAAAGGUACAUGAAGGCUUGUGCACCAUGCCCGGCUGUUUAUCCAUGGUUGGGAAAUCCAAAUGGAGAUAAGCCAUGAUGUGUAAUCAAUAUUCUUUGAAUAAAAUCCGAUUAUAUC